UGCGGAGGUGGCAGCGGCUAGUGGGAUCCCAAAGUGGCAGAGCGGCCGCCGUGGCGGCCGCCAACGGGAAACGGAGGGCCCGCAAUCCUAGUGCUGGAAACACUGCCGCGAUCCUCUUCGCCUGCUCCCUCUCCUGCUUGACAAGCUUCUCACCUAAGGAUCAUCCUUUCCAGCUCUUGCAAGCACCUGGCUCGUCCGUCAUCUGCUGAUCUUCCUUCUACACAGGCUCACCGCGGAGGCAGCAGCGAGGCAUGAAGACCCCAUUCGAAAAGGCAGCAGCAGGGCAGCGGUCCAGGACAGACGCAGGACAUGCCAGUGUGUCUGUUACCGUGAUGAAGAGAAAGGCUACACACAAGAAGCAUAGAAGCAGGCCCACCUCCCAGCUUCAGAGGAACAUCGUGGGCUGCAGGAUUCGGCACGGAUGGAAAGACGGAAAUGAACCUCUAACACAGUGGAAGGGAACUGUUUUGGAUCAGGUACCUGUAAAUCCCUCUCUGUAUCUUAUCAAAUAUGAUGGCUUUGACUGUGUUUAUGGAUUGGAACUUCACAGAGAUGAAAGAGUGUCAUCACUUGAAGUCCUUCCUAAUAGAGUUGCAUCAUCUAGAAUCAGUGAUACACACUUAACAGAAAUUAUGAUUGGCAAAGCAGUGGAACAUAUUUUUGAGACAGAGGAAGGCUCCAAAAAUGAAUGGAGGGGCAUGGUCUUAGCUCAGGCACCUGUCAUGAAUACGUGGUUUUACAUUACCUAUGAGAAAGAUCCUGUAUUAUAUAUGUACCAGCUCUUAGAUGAUUAUAAAGACGGUGAUCUACGCAUCCUUCCAGAUUCUAGUGGUUCUCCUCUCACAGAGAGGGAGCCAGGAGAAGUUAUAGACAGCCUUGUAGGCAAACAGGUGGAAUAUGCCAAAGAGGAUGGCUCCAAGAGAACUGGCAUGGUCAUUCAUCAGGUGGAAGCAAAACCCUCUGUGUACUUCAUCAAAUUUGAUGAUGAUUUCCAUAUCUAUGUUUAUGAUUUAGUAAAAACAUCUUAGAGGUCAUUUUGAAAUUUGCCAAAUAUGUGAGACUUCCUAAAAUCUGUACACACAAAAAGUCUUGAUGGCUUUACAAUUUGUAACAACUAUCCUCUCCCUUUUUUCUUGCUUUUGUCUGGUAAAAAAAAAUUGGAACUUCCGCCCUCUUAGACAUUUUUGGAUGAGAUUUUUUUGCCCAUAUCUCCAGCCUUUUUACUAGUUUCUCCCCACAGUAGGAUGAUUGACUUAUUUAAUUAGCGAGAAGGGUGAAGUCUGACACCCAUGGGCCCAUAUUUUUAUCUUCAAUGGUGUUAAUAUUUUAAAGGUGGCUGUACACCUCUUGCCUCAUUCUCUUGGGCAUUUGGACAAUCCGCACUCACUGAAGUGUAAAGGUUCCUGAGAUAUUCAGUGUGGCUAGCUGGGUAAGUGUCUUUGCAUCCUCAACUCUCCCCUUAGGUAGCUUCAAAAGUCUGAUUAGGGGAGUAGUAGGAAAACUCAUUUUGGUCUCCUGCCCAAGUUGCAUUUUAAAUUCUAACUGUACUAAAAGUAAGGCUAAAUUUGGCUCCCCUUCUGAUUCUUAUACCUAUUGCUCAAAAGAGGUGUAUUACUCGUAACUAUUUGGCUCAAAAUCAAAAGGGUAGUUAUUUUGCAUUUUAGAACAUAAGCAUAGGCUGGCUGAGAAACUUUACAAAAUUGAUAAGAGGGCAAGCAUUUGGGAACCAAACUGUAAGCAGAGAAAUCAUUGUUGGUCAUCAGUAGCAUGAGGAUCUCUGUUGUCUGCAAUAGCUCUGGCUGGUACCUGCAGACAUGGAGUGGGUUUUUACAGACACAGGCUGUGCAGGCAGAUUUUAGCACAAGAGAGCUUUCCCAGCCCAAUGGAGCAUUAGGCCAGGCUCUCUGAAAAUUUUUAGAUUAGGUUUUAGAUUUGACUCUUAGAGGACUUCUGAGUCCCAGCACAUGAGCAAGGCUUUGCUAAAACUGAGAAAGGCUGAAAAUAGGCUGUGCUUCCUUAUAGGAACUGGUGAGCUCAUUUAUUAUGGUGUCCUAGCAGGACUGUGAAACACAUAGAUUAGAAUCAAUGCUAGAUGAUCAAUAGGCUUAAUGAUGUUCUAAGUGAUUAAUAAUGUUCUAAGUGCUGGCAUUGGUAGGUAGAAAUCUAAUAGAUGUUUGUUAGUGUUUUGUUUUUCAACUUUAUCCUGUUUCUUGGUUGGACUUAAGUAGUAGGUGAGCCCUACUUCAGCAGAAAAAUAAAUAAUGGAAUGGGCCUAGUAUCUUCCAUUAUUGAAGGCAUUAGUGAAGGUUAACCAAAGCCUAGGAAAGAAAGAUUGAAAAAUAAGCAAGAUUUUAGAGAGAAGCACCUAUCCAAAGCCAAUGCUUUCUCACUGGGUUUCUGAAAAAAGCUCCAUUAUCAGUAACAGAUGGGCCUUGGACUUCUGCAGAUUUGGGGCUGGGACUCAUGAAAGUACAAUCAACUACUUGGGAAAAUCUUCCAAAUUAGUUUAAGUUCACAGAUCAUGGAGUCCAGACUAUUGUCACAGACAGACUGGCAUCCUGCUGAGGAUGAAACCAAGAAGAUAUUACCUUCUCUCAUGUUUUCUCUGUCUACUUUUCUUCCUUUUGAUGCCACUAAGUCUCUGCUGAGAUAUUUGAGUGACAAGAGCAAUGUAGGUCUGUAUUACCCAUUGUACUAGGUCAUGAGGAAAUAAAUUUGCUUGAGAUAUCUGUCUUAGUGGCUGAGUGUUAGUGUCCUUUCUAAUUUUUUGAUGUGAGGCUGAUACUGUGAUAAUCUUAUGUCCUGUUGACCCUGUGGACUCUUAAUGUAUGGCAUGUAUGUAUGACAUGCAAUUGUGGGGUUAGAUUAAUUCAACUCCUGAAGUUCUGAAGGACAUACACCAAUCAAGAGGAAGACAGCCCAGGCUACAGCUGCUGAAGGAACCCCAUGUCUGUCCAGACAUGUUUGUGAGAUCUGUAUGGCUGACAUCAGGAAAAUAAGAAAUUGGGAAAGGCAGAAUUUUGGACUUUAAUUCCUUUGGACUUUAAAAUAGAAAUUUAAUUUGGGACAUCCAUUUUUCCCUUGGAGUUUAAUAGUUGGCGUGGGUUUCAUAUAGUUCAAAUUAAGGUGUUUUCAUUAUAUUGUUGAUAUUGUAUUAUUUGGAGUAUUUUAAUGCUAUUUUGAGGGCUUAAUCUCUGUAAACUAUGUCAGAUAAUGUGGCUGGACAUAAUUAUAAAUUGGGGAUAAAUAGUGAGUGAGUUUUCAGCCUGGGGCAUAAUGUAGCCUUGGAGUUAAUUAGUGUUCUAUUCUGACGUAUUUUAGAGCCUUCUGGGGCAAAAGCAGAACUGAUCACCAGUCUUACACAAGUGGGAGCCUGACAUUCCUAAGAUACUGCUGGUCUCCCCCAAAUGGGACAGCCAAGCCCUGUUUGUCUUGGGUGUUGGCCAUUGUGGCUUAAGAGAAUGAAAAUGUAUAAAGGUGUGAUAGGAUCUAUCCUUUACCUCUCUCCAUGUUCCUAACUCAAGGAAAAGAAGGGACCUGUGCCUCUCAAAACUAUUUGGAAGAAAAUUUCUACACAUCUCCACUAGUCACUCAUUCAGUCUCCCAUAUGGGAAGAUAAAUAUCUUAGUGAAAUUGAGAAAAGUGUUAUUUAUGGAUAUGCAACCUAGGUCCCUCUUGGCUCUUGAGCUUAUUUCUCAGAGCAAGGUAUAGGAAAGAUUACAGUCCUUCACUACAUGGCUGGGUAAGCAUCUACUCUGUAGACCUCUCUCUCUCUCUUAGGUUGGGGGACCCAUUGUCUUUACAGUAGGGGUAGAAGUUCAUUUCAGGCUUAGGUCCAAAACAUGUUCUCCAGUCCACAUCUGUCAGCAAUAAAGCUGGUAUCUAUUUUUAUUAUUUUAAAAUUUUUAAUAUAUAAAUCAUUUUUGGACAAAAACACAUGCCUCUGGUAAGAAUCAAGCAGUACAAAGAGAUAGAGAGUAUAUAAAGUAAGUCUCCUCCCUUCCUUCCCACCUUUGACUUCAGUCACCCAGUCCUACUUUCCAAAGGUAACCACUCUUACCAGUUACUAUGUAUUUUUCCAGAGAUAAUCCAUGUAUUUACAAGUAUAUUAUGUAUGUGUAUAUCAAUUUUUAAUACAAAUUGUGGCAUACUAUACAUGCUGUUCUGAAUUUUGCUUUUUCACUUAACAAUAUAUUAAAGCUGAUAUUUUAAUCCCUCUUUUAUUCCUGUGUAUGUAUUUUAGUUGGUUCAGAAUCUGGAAGGGAAGGAGGUAUGAUUAAUUCAGAUCUUUAGGCCCCAACCUAAUAAAAUUUACAUGUCCCUGUAAACCCGCCAUUUCUGCCAGGCAAAUUUUUCUGACUAGUACAAUGUGAAAUGUGUAUAAACGUGAUUAAUUUUGUGGAAGGAACUCUGACAGAAGCCAGUAUAUUUUUAUUGAGGGGAGUUAAAGGGAGAAUCAACUAUAAAUUGAA